AUGGAUGAAAAAAGAAAACACCAUAAAAAAAAGAAAGUUGGAAAAAAAACUAAAAAUAAAAAAAUCAACAAAAAUGUAAAUAAAAAAUAUCAUAAGGCCUUUACAUUUAGUGGAGGAAUAAAUAGUGCACAUCGACGAAAGCAACAUUUAUAUGAACUUGAAGAAAAAAAGUUACGAAUUGAUAAAACAAUAAAAGAAGGAUAUAAAAAUAGUCCUAUUAUUAUAGCUAUUCAUGGUCCCAAAGGUGUUGGGAAAAGCACAUUAAUAAAAAGUAUAAUUAAACAUUACGUUGGUGUUAAUAUAAAUGAAAUAAAUAGACCUAUAUCUAUUUUUACAAAAAAUUUAAAAAGAUAUACAUUUAUAGAAAUAAAUGAUGAUAUACUUCAUAUGAUUGAUGUUGCAAAAAUAGCAGAUAUUUGUUUGCUAGUAAUUGAUGGAAGCUUUGGAUUUGAAUUAGAAACAUUAGAAUUUACAAGUAUAUUGAAUACUCAUGGCAUGCCCAAAGUUAUAGGGGUUGUUACAAAUAUGGAUAAAUUUAAAGAUAAUAAAAGUAUACGAAAAAGAAAAAAAAAAAUUAAUAAACGAUUUUCAGAAGAAAUGGUAGAAGGGUCGAAAAUAUUUUUUCUUAGUGGAAUACAAAAUAAUAAAUAUAAUAAAACAGAAAUUAGAAAUUUAUGCAAAUUUUUAUCAGUUAUGAAAAGGCCAUUAAUAUCUUGGAGAAAUCAACAUGGUUAUAUUCUUGGUCUAAAAUUAGAUAUAGAAAAUGAUGAAUUAUAUAAAAAUAAAAAUAAAGAUAGUCUUUUAAAAAAACAAAACGAUUUUGUGGAUAAUGAUGAUAUCCAAUUAGGGCAGUUUUUCGAUAAAUGUGAUAAUGAUGUAUCUGUAUAUGUAGAAGGAUAUAUAUAUGGAUCAAAAAUGUAUAAAAAUCAAUAUGUACAUAUCCCAAAUAUUGGAGAUAUUAAAAUAGAAAAUAUAAAAAUAUUAGAUGAUCCAUUUAAAUUAAAUCAAGAAAAAAAAACUCCAAGUAUUUAUGCCCCAAUGUCAGAUGUUGGAAAUCUCUCUUUUGACUUUGAUAAUAUGUACAUCCAUAUUCCAAAUAAUAAAAUUAACUUUACAAAACCGGAACUAAUGCAAAAAGGGGAUCAAAACAAGCAACACAUGGGCGAAGAACAAAUUGGUAAUAUAAACGACGAAAAUGAUAAUGCAAAUGAAGAAAGUGAUAAUACAAAUGAAGAAAGUGAUAAUACAAAUGAAGAAAGUGAUAAUACGAGUAAUGUAAAGGAAGCAAAUGAAAACUCAAAGUAUUUAACAGACAGUAUUAGAAUGGUAAGGGAAUUACAAGAUUGUAAAUAUGUUUUUUCUAAAAAUACAGAAGAAGAUAAUAUUAAAUUAUUUGAUGUAAAAGAAAGUGACAUUCAAGGAAAAGGAGAAGAGAGGCGUAAAGCCCCAUCAAAUGUUUAUAUUAGUGAAAAACAAAAAAAAAAAAAAAUGGCGGAAAAUUAUAUUAAUGAAAAAUCUAAAGAAUAUAAUAAUUUACAAUCAAUUUUAUAUGAAAAAAAAAACAAAGAAGAUGAUUAUAAUUAUAUUUCGAAUAUAAAUAUAUCAGAGAAUGAAGGAAAUGAUGAAAAUGAUAAAAGCUAUAAUGAUUUUUAUAAAAAAUAUGCUUUACAAAAAGAUAAAGAAAUAGAAAAUAUUAAAUCAGAUUAUGAUUAUUAUUCAGAAAAUGAAGAAAUUAAUUCAUUAAAUUGGAAUGAUUGUAUGGAUCCAUAUUCUAAUAUUUCUAAUUUUAUUGCUUAUGAAAAUAAAAUAAAUAUAGAUGUAUUUUUAUAUAAUCAUAAUUAUAUAAAUAGAAUAAACAAUUGUUUGUAUUUUAAAGGAGAUAUAAUAAAUAUUAUAAAUAUGGAAAAAAGAAAAAUAGCAAACAAAAUGAUUAAUUCAGAUAUGCCUAUCCAAGAUAUCAAUAUGCACAUAGUAAAAAAUAUUAUAUGCACUGACACAUUCAAUUUAGAAGAAAAUCAACAAAAUAGUUAUAGCUUUAUCCAUCCAAAUAAUUAUUUUUUUAAUAAUAUUGAUUCAUUUAAUUUAGUAAAAGACGAUAUUUUUAUAUUUAACAAUCUUAGCAUAUUUAUAGGAGAUAUUGUACAAGAACAACUUGUAGACAAUUUUUUUUUGAAAUAUAAAGAACUAUAUAGUUCAUGUUUUGUGAAAAAUGUAGAUGAAAAUGUAGAUGAAAAUGUAGAUGAAAAUGAUGAUGAAAAUAAUGAUGAAAAUAAUGAUGAAGUGGGCAAUCCGAAAAAAGAAACAGAAAUUAUUAGGCCUAUUGAAGAAAAUCUUAAAUUAAUUAAAGAAAAAAAAGAAAAAGAAAAAGAAAAAUUUUUAGAAACAGAACAAAUUGGAAUGCUAAAUAAUGUUUACGGAUCAUCAGUAAAUAUAGGUGAGUAUGUAAAAAUAAAAAUGAUUAUAAAAAGAAGUAAAUUAGAAAUUUUAAAAAAUAAUAUAAUAAUAUGUGGAGGGUUACAAAGUUAUGACGAAAAUAAUUCUAUAAUACAUUGUAGAAUUAAAAAACAUAGAUGGUUUCCUAAAGUUAUGAGGUCAAACGAUCCCUUAAUAUUUUCAGUGGGAUGGAGAAGAUAUCAAAGUAUACCUAUAUAUUCAAUAAAUGAACGAAAUAAUGUUAGAAUAAGAUUUUUAAAAUAUACAACAGAACAUAUGCAUUGUAAUUGCACAUUUUAUGGACCAUUAGCUGGUGUAAAUAGUGGAAUAUUAGCAAUCUAUAAUUAUAAAAAAAUUCCAUUUUAUCGUAUAUGUAUAAAUGGAAUUAUUUUAGAAACAAAUAACAAUAUAAAUAUUAUGAAAAAAUUAAAAUUAAUUGGAGAGCCAUAUAAAAUAUUUAAAAACACAGCUUUUGUCAAAAAUAUGUUUAAUUCAGAUUUAGAAGUUUGUAAAUUUAUUAAUUGUCCUGUUAUUACACCAAGUGGAAUCAAAGGCCUUAUAAAAAAUAAAAUAAAUGAUAAAGGUGAUUUUAGAUGUACAUUUUCUGAUCAAAUAAAAAAAAGUGAUAUAGUUAUAUUGAAAUUAUAUGUAAAUAUUUCUAUUAAAAAAUAUUAUAAUUAUGAUAUAGAAAAUAGAUUAAAAUCUAUAAAUGAAUUAAGAUAUAUAUAUAAUAUAUAUGUUAAUCAUUCUAAUGGAUAUAGACAAAUACCUUUUAGACAUUUUUAUCAUAACAAAAUUUAUGUUAAACCACAACUAUUAAAACAAUUACCAUUUAAAUCGAAACCUAAAUUAUUUAAAAAAAUUGAUCAUGAAAAUGAUACACAAAAAAAUAAUAAAAAAAAUGAUGCAAUUAAUUUUAAAGCUUUAGAAAAUCCUAAAUUAGCUGCUAAAUGGUAUCAAAUGUUACACUCAAUUAAAAAAAAUAUUAUUUUAAAGAGAAAAGAAAAAUCAAAAUUAUCAUAUCAUAAAAAAUUAAAAACAAAAAUCAAAAUUCAAGAAGAAAAAGACAAAGUUGUAAAACAGAGAAAAAAAACUUUGUACAUAAAAAAUCGAAAAACCAAAUAG